GUUGUAGGGUGUUGCUUGACGUGUGUCUCUCUGUCAUUUGCAUUGUCCGACCUCGCAGGCUGAUCUACUACUAUUACUAUUACUGGCUUCCUUCGUUUUUAUCUCCGAUUGCCGAGAGCAGAACCCUUUUUUCUUUUCGGGAGCACACGAAUUUCUUCUUCGCUCUUUUCAUUUGCCGCGGCUUCACGUGAUUGCGGACAACUACCGCGCUCUCUCGAUCGAUACAAUUCGAGAAGCUUUUCCCCUUACUCCACAGCCCGCCUUCUCUAUCUGCACGCGUACACGCACACGCACACCUGUUUAUAUAUAACUCUAAAUAAAUCCGCCGCUGUGCCGACCGUUUUUCACUUCGAGACGCGUUGAUCGACUCUCGUUUGCCGGCCUUUCCGCUUUACGAGCUCUCGGCACCCGUGUAUUCCGUCUCCAUCCGCCCCUACGCCCCAACCCUCCGCACGUGGUCGAUGCGUCGUGUUUUUCUCCUCCCCACGCGGGUCUCCGGCCAGCCCCUCGGCGCUGCGGUGCGCCUCUGCAGUGCUGCUGCUGCUGCUGCUCCCGCCCCCGCCCCGGCCGCCCCGGCUGCCGACCUCGGCGCCAAGACCCUCAUCCGCAAUAUGCGGCCCCGAGAGCUCAUGAAGGAGCUGGACCGCUACAUUGUGGGUCAAAGCGAGGCGAAGAAGGCCGUCGCUGUCGCCCUGCGCAACCGCUGGCGCCGCCACCAGGUGCCCAGCGACAUCCGCGAGGAGAUCGCGCCCAAGAACAUUUUAAUGAUCGGCCCGACGGGCGUGGGAAAGACGGAGAUUGCGCGGCGGCUGGCCAAACUGGUGGACGCCCCUUUUGUGAAGGUUGAGGCCACGAAGUUCACGGAGGUCGGCUUCCACGGCCGCGACGUAGAAAGCAUCAUCGAGGACCUCUACAAAGCCUCGCUAUCGCAGACGAAGCAGAACAUCCGCCGCCAGCACGAGGAGGAGGCCAAGGUGAAGGCGGAGGACCGCAUCCUCAAGUCGUUAGCGGGCGUGUCAGACGGCUUUCGCGAGCACCUGCGCAGCGGUGCGUUAGACGACAUUGAGGUGAUGGUGGAGCUGCAGGAGAAGAAGGAGAAGCCGAAGUCCGCGACAGGCGAGGGUGUCUUCAUCUCGCUCGACCUGCCGGCCAUGAUCGGUGGUCAGCGGCAGCAGACGGUGAAGAAGGUCAUGAAGAUCAAAGACGCCUUUCCUGCCGUGCUGCAGGAGGAGCUCGAUAAGAUGAUGGACACCGAGGACGUCACGGCGGAGGCGCUGCGCGCCUGCGAGGAGGACGGCAUCGUUGUGAUCGACGAGAUCGACAAGAUUGUGACGGCGGCGGGCGGCUACAAGGGCCACCAGGCCUCAGCCGAGGGCGUCCAGCAGGACUUGCUGCCGCUGGUCGAAGGCACGACCGUGUCCACCAAGUUCAACGUGCAGGUGAAGACGGACAAAAUAUUGUUCAUCUGCAGCGGCGCCUUCCACAGCGUGAAGCCGUCGGACAUGCUGGCGGAGCUGCAAGGACGUCUACCGAUUCGGGUGGAGCUGCAGCCGCUGACGAAGGAGGACUUCCAUCGCAUCAUCACCGAACCGCGUUUCAACCUCAUCUCGCAGCACAAGACGAUGAUGGCGACGGAGGGCGUCGAGCUCGAAUUCACUGGCGACGCUCUGUGGGAGAUUGCCGCCAUCGCUGCGCACAUCAACGCCACCGUGCAGAACAUCGGUGCCCGUAGACUCAUCACCAUCACGGAGAAGGUGGUGGAGGAGAUCAGCUUUGAGGGUCCUGAGCGCAAGGGGGAGAAGUUCAUGAUUGACGCCGCGUACGUCAAGCAGGCCGUGGACAAGAUGGUGAAGAAGGUUGACAUCAAGAAGUUCAUCCUGUAG